AUGGGUCCUGUUGUUGUUCAUUGUUCAGCUGGAGUCGGAAGAUCAGCUUGCAUCGUAAUGGUCGAUGUUAUAUUAAAGUGUCUUUUCACCGGUCAACGAGUUGAAAUGGAAGAGGUCUUCAAAAAACUGCGAGACCAGAGAGCAGCAUGCAUACCUAUUGAUUCAUUGUACAUUUUCGUUGCAUACAGUGUAAUUGAUUAUAUUCGCGCAAAGCAUCCCAAAAAGUAUAGAGAAAGGACCCAGAAAUUCAUAGACGAGUUUAAAAACCACGCAACGAAGUGA